GAAGUCGGUAGACGGUAGUGGGAGCAUAUGCAUAUCCCAGGCACGGCACGCAUGGCAGGCUGCUGCAGCGUCCACUUCUAUUUUUGGGGCAUCAGAUUCCACCUCAUCCGGCGCCCCCUCCCAGGUCGAUGGAGAUUGCUGUAACCAGACGGAUUCCCCCACUCGAAUCCAACAACCCACAUCAACAAAAACCCUCAAUUCCACCUCGCAAAGGCAGCACAGGAAUCAUCUGUCUGCACUGCGCUGCAGCUGCAACCUUCAGGUCUGGGGCGUGAUCUCUCUCCCAAGAGAUGGGUGGCGCGGCGUCGAGGCUCGCCGCCCCGAUAAAGCACCGGCGGGUGGAGAGGGAGCUGGACAACAAGGUGGCGGAGGCGCUGCGGGAGCGGGCCAAGGCGAGGACGAAGACGUUCCGGUCGGUGAACAGCAUCACCAUGCGCCUCCCUCGCUUCAAGGACGGCCUCAAGGACAUCCGGGACGUCUUCGACCACUACGACACGGACUCCAACGGGACGAUCGACAACGAGGAGCUGCGGAGCUGCCUGAGCAAGCUCGAGGUGCGGAUGUCGGAGAAGGAGGCCGACGACGUGCACCGCUACUGCGACGUCGACAGCCGCAAGGGUAUCCAGUUCCAGGAGUUCGUCGUCCUCAUAUGCCUUAUGUACCUGCUCUUCGGCCCCAACGUCACACGCCGGGUUUCCGAGUUCGAGUCGGAGAAGCUCAACUACAUCUUCGACGAGCUCAUCGACGCCUUCCUCUUCUUCAACAGGGACGGCGACGGCAAGGUGACCAGGAAAGACGUCACCCAGAGGAUGAACGAGGAGUCUGACCGGGAGAGGACGCCCACCCACAUAACCACACAGCUCUUCAAGGAGAUGGACCUGAACAAGAACGGCAAGGUGAACCUCAAGGAGUUCCUCUUCUCCAUGAUCAGAUGGGCUGGGCUCGAGCCUGAGGAAGGAGAUGAAAGCAACGACACUUCUCCCUAGUCUAUUUGAGGCCUCUUCUCCUCAUCAGUUUGUCAAAAUAGAUGAACAAUCACCAAUUGCAAGUUAAUCCUACGUUUUAUGAGAAGGUGCCAUCUGUUAUGGCAUCAUUAGUUAACCUUGAAUGUUCA